GUGAACUGAUCAGCCUCUCCGCAUGCGAUAAUCACAGUUUUCUGCAUCACAUGCCUCAGUUUUUUUAACUAUUUUCCUGCUUCAGCUCAAGACCCGACGCAUCAAUUCCGAGCACCCUGCAGGCCAGCUAGGCCAAGACCUUGCGGAACUCACUUUGAGGGGCGAGAUUAGGAACAAGGGUGUGGCAAGUAGGUUGUUGUUUUGAGCACUCAUGAUCAUAUUUUCCUGGAAAGGAGGCAAUUUCAACGGCAGCACCGAUAUCGCACUGCCACGAAGGCUUUGCCGCAUGCAGCAGAUGCAGCAGAUGCAUUAUUGAAGCAUGACCCUAUUGUGUUGCGAACCUUUAAUAGGCUGACUUUGUUUGCCUGUACACCUGCCUAUGCGGGACAUAAUUAUACAAAGCAGGUAAAUAAAAGUGUUUACAUGCAGAAAUAAUACAGAAUAGGUCAGCACCGAUGGAAGGUCUUGAAGGGCAGUGUGUCGCCGACAGCUGCUGUGGCCUCUUGACCUGCGGGGGGAAAGGAUGAAGCCUCUGCUUUCAUGUUUUUUUUACACAUUUACUGAGCUGGCUGUGCAAACUAAUCCACAAUGUAAGCUCCUUAUCUAUCGCACAAUUUUGUCAAAAAGGAAGACCAGCAGAUUAUUCACAAUGUGUCCUACAACCAACCAACCAACCCCCACUCACCCCGAAUGCUUGGUUUUAUUUUGAACAUACAUCACAUGUUUACACUUGCAUAAUUCAACAUAGCUGAUCCGACCCAUUCUCUAUGUUUGACCAAUUAAUGACAGCUUGUUCACCUCCUGUGUUUAACCUGUUGACUUGCUCACAUGUUGCCACAUGUUGUUGUUUUUGAAUAGGGGAAGAGGGAAUAAAGAAUGCACGGCAGCAAAACUUAAAUUCAUGGUUUAUAAAAGCAUAAAUGAAUACAUAAAGGAGUAAAAAAUUGACAUAAGCGUUGUAUAAUGUUUAGACAAUUUCGAUAUGUAUAUACUGUAGAUACAACUCUCAGACACAUUGGAAUGAAUACACACAGAUUAGAAAGAUAAGAUCUUAAAUAAUACAUAAUUAUUAGAUAACAAAUGAUGAAUUUGGGAUAAAUGAUACUAGAAUUCUGUGUCUUUCAUGUAACUUCUAAAAAAAACAUCUAUUAUAAUUAAAUAAUAGAAGCAGUCAAUUGCAAGUGAGAUUGACAUUGAUUAUAAAUGACUGGAUUAGUGCAUGUUUUGUGUUCAAUGUAGCGCUGUUCCACGUCACAGUGAGAAGUGUUUUACUAUUCCACGUGUCUCUGCCCUGGACCUGUUUAGCACCAUGACAUAGUAAUAUAACAAUAACUACAUUUCCCAUAAAGCAGUGGGACAAACAGGGCGUUGUGGCUUGUGGUAAACUCGACAUAUGUCCUGGGAGUUGUAGUUCAAAAAUGAACAUCAAGUCCGGUAAUAUAUGAGCAAUUCAUAAGCUUAACAGCAAAGAAUACGCUUGAUUAUAAGAGCUGAUCAUUUUAAUGUGAGCAAAAAUCACCAGUUGUUCCAAGUAUCGCAAUAUUUCAAGGUGUAGCUUGCAAAAAAUACCACAUUACCCACAACACCCCGGGGUUCGGCGCAUGCGCGGUGGAAAGCGGUAGCCUGGCGUGUGGAGUGUAGUCACGUGGAGACAGUCCGCCUCCUUACUGUCCAAACAGAACGUGAGUUGCUAGCAGUCUGCCUGUUUAGAGCGCCGCUUGGCUGCUAAAGCGAUCCAUGUUGUUUUUUUAAGCCACGCGUCCCUUUAAACUUGACCAUUUUGUCGAAGAAUGAGUGAUAACGACGAUAUCGAAGUCGAUAGUGACGCAGACAAACGGGCACACCACAAUGCGCUGGAGCGCAAGCGUAGGGACCACAUCAAAGACAGCUUUCACAGCCUCCGGGACUCUGUACCUGCCCUGCAGGGAGAAAAGGCGUCUCGAGCUCAAAUCCUAGACAAAGCCACAGAGUACAUCCAGUACAUGAGGCGAAAAAAUCACACACAUCAGCAGGACAUCGACGAUCUCAAGAGACAGAACGCCCUGCUGGAGCAGCAAGUGCGUGCUCUGGAGAAAGUGAAGGGCUCGGCGCAGCUCCAGACCAACUACUCGUCGUCCGACAGCAGCCUCUACACCAACCCCAAAGGCAGCGCCGUGUCCGCGUUCGACGGCGGCUCCGACUCCAGCUCCGAGUCGGAACCCGAGGAGCCUCCCAACCGCAAGAAGCUGCGCGUGGAGGCCAGCUAGACAGCGGCUGGCGCUUUGAAAAGGAGAGGAAGCCUUUCCACCACAACUACCAUCACCACCACCACCACCACCACACCCAUCGUUCUUACUCCUCCCCCUUACCUGGUGGGCUUGCACUGGAGACUCAUGACCCCCCUCAGAACUCCCCGCACCGCUACCACCAUUGUCUCCCACAGUAAGACAGGGGAGGUCAACAGGGUGGAGUUCUUCAAUACCCACACUUUGCCCACCCACCCCUGUUUUGUUUCCCUUCUAGCAACAACCCAAAACCCAACAAGAGGCAGCUCGGCUACUUGGGGGACUUUUUAAACGUUCCCAUUAGGUAGCCCCGCCCCCUCCCAGGGUUUGUGUGUGGGAGGGGCAGGUGCACACCAGACAUACUCCUCAGCACUGCUAUAUUAUAUAUUUUUGGUUUAUUUUGUUACCCAACAUAAAAAAUAGCCUGGUUAGAACUUAAACACCUAAAUUAAACAUCCUGGACAAGUUUUUAAAAAGCAUUAAAAAAAAAUUGUACAUUUGUAGCUUUUCCACGAAAGAAUGUCGAUGCUCCGAGGCAAAAUGUUAGUGACACCCGCUCACCUCAGGCCCACUGGAUUGCAGAUGUUUUCUGCGGUGACACAUUUGUUAAGAAAAAAAAAAGAAAUUGAUGUUUUGAAUGAGAAUAUUCCUAAACUUGUAACGUAUUUUGUCCUUUAGCUUGAAGUAGUGAAUGACUUUAGGUGGCUGAAUACAUUAGGCAGCUUGUUUUAUAGACCAGUGAAAAAACAACAAAAAAAGAGUAUUGAUUGGAUGUUUUCAAGCUCAAAUGUAUGUUAUGCAUUUUGUAGUCGUCAUCUCACAGGCCACGGAAGAUGUCACUUAAACAGGAAUGUUCCAAAGUAGCCAAUCCAGCCCCUCUGUGGAUGUGUUGUGCUUUACAAAGUCCAAAAUCGAUGUUGCUGAAUCCCCGUGGGGGGGGGAAAGGAAGCAUUUUUUUUUGCGUGUCUAGGAAAAGUGUCUCUCUAUAUUGUUUCCAUAUGAGUUCCAUUCAGGAUGAUUAUAAUUAGUGUACCGGGUCUUUGUUUUGUCCGAUUCCAUUCCAUGGAAAUUACAAGUAUGUUGUACAUACUGCCAACAGUUGUCUUGCAAGUUGAGGCCUACCUUUAUUAUGAGACUAUAAAAUAAACUAUUUUAUCCUUUAA